CGCAAAAUCACUUGCAUGCUGCAGUUCCGUGCUGGCGCAGCGCGUCCUUCCGCUUAUGCUCGUCCUCAGGCCAACAACACACAAAGUGUAUUAUUCCCUUUUGACUGCUUGACAUAUAUCGGUGACGUUCUCAAGGGGACGACAUAUUGUACUACAGAAUAUCAAUCCAAGAUGUCAGAGACCGUGAAGUACAUGGAUGAUGAACACAAGACCAUCUUCCUGAAGAUACUGAAUGAGCAACGGUUGGAGGGUGAACACUGUGACAUCGCGGUGGUGGUUGAAGAUGUGAAGUUCAGGGCGCACCGCUGUGUGCUGGCAGCGUGUAGCAAAUACUUCAAAAGGCUGUUCAAGAAGCAUGAAGUCGACAACUCCUCAGUCAUAGAAAUCGACUUCAUCCGCUCAGACAUCUUCGAGGAGGUGUUGAACUACAUGUACACGGCCAAGAUUUCUGUGAAGAUAAAGGAUGUGAAUUUGAUGAUUUCUUCAGGCCAAAUACUCGGAAUCCGUUUUCUGGACAAACUCUGUUCACAGAAGCGUGACAUGUCCACUGAAGAAAGGAACGGCCAACAUGACAAACCCUUUCCCUGUGAUAUUCUCAAAAUGGCUCUCCCUACUGAUGACCCUACAUUGGGCCAGGAUAACGACUUACAGGUGCUAGGUGACCAUGACGACACCCCUACUGACGACCUUGUGGAAGAGCCAAUGACCAAUCACGACUUGGACAAAUCGCCCAACACGGCAUUGAGAGUGACGGAGGCCAUUCUCAAAGAAUGGCCUCCUGCCAAUGAGGACGUGCACAAGGUGAGCUGUUACGACCAGGAUGUGGAACCCAUGGACACGGAGCAAAAAGACCUGGCGGGUCACACCACAACAACCUUAGCGUUCGCUGACAGCAUCGGCGAGGUGAAGGACGAGCAGCCCCCCGGUUGGACCACAGCCACGACGGACAUGAAGUUUGAGUACCUCCUCUACGGCCAACGGGAACAGCUCGCCUGCCAGAUCUGUGGAAAGACCUUCAUCGACGAGAACCGUUUGAGGAAACACGAAAAGCUGCACUCGGCCGAACGUCCGUUCAUCUGUGAAAUCUGCAGCAAAGCCUUCACUACCCAGGCUCACCUGAAGGAGCAUCUGAAGAUCCACACAGGCUUCAAGCCCUACCGCUGCGACGUGUGUGGCAAGUCCUUCAUCCGAGCGCCUGACCUCAAGAAGCACGAGCGGGUCCACAGCAACGAGCGUCCCUUUGGCUGCCAGAUGUGCGACAAGGCCUUCAAGCACAAGUCCCACCUGAAGGACCACGAGAGGCGCCACAGGGGCGAGAAGCCUUUCGUCUGCAGCUCGUGCACCAAGGCCUUUGCUAAAGCCUCAGACCUAAAGAGACAUGAAAACAACAUGCACAGCGAGAGGAAGCAGAUGCCACCCAGCGCCCUGCAGACCGAAACUGAACAGCUGCAGGCAGCAGCCAUGGCUGCCGAGGCCGAGCAACAACUGGACUCCAUAGCGUGCUCAUAGCACACAACGUUUUGUGACAUUACCUUACUGGUCAUGGACAUCUUGAGAACAAUCUGAGUUUUUUGAUGAUGUUUCAUUUUGUAUUUUAUUUUUGGGAGGCCGACAAACUCCAAUAAUCAGAUAGAGUUGAUGUUGAUCGUUUUUCUCGAGAACAUAGUGAAAUAAGAUAGGAUUUGUGGUCCUUCUGUAGCUCAGUUGGUAGCUCAGUUGGUAGAGCAUGGCGCUUGUAACGCCAGGGUAGUGGGUUCGAUCCCCGGGACCACCCCACCCAUACGUAGAAUGUAUGCACACAUGACUGUAAGUCGCUUUGGAUAAAAGCGUCUGCUAAAUGGCAUAUAUAUUUGACUGCAUUCAUUUAUUUUUUGAUUUAUUUCACGUGAUUUAGGCUUUCUCGCACUUGAUUAUAUUGUAAUGGGUAACUCAUUUUUGGGGGUAUUAAUUAAAAUAUGUUUGUGUAAAUGUUAUGGCAGCGUUAUGGAUAUAAAUGCUACGACUACUGCCUCUACUCGGUUUUGGUUGUCAAUAUAUUACUGCUGUUAUACAGUACUGGUUUUAUCAAGAAAACUGGAAAUUAAAUGUUUGAUUUGUAAAAAUGUAUGAAAAAAAAUGUUAUAAACCACAACAUUUUUUAUGGUUAACUAUUCUACAGCAUCACAUACACAAGUCUUACUGUAAUUGACAUCGAAAUAUGUGUUGCUUGAAUAAACAUGGUAGCCUCAACUGCCAACAAAUCAUCAA